UAAAUUAGAACAAAACCGCCAUGAGAUAUCCAUUGCUUAUCCCAACUACCCUCCCCCUCUCCCUCCUCUGCAUCUUCAUCACCAUCAACCUCCCAUCCACCCACGCAACCCCCGCCCCCAAAAUCCCAGGCUUCACCCUAACCUGGUCCGAUACCUUCUCCGACCCGGCCGGCUCCCCCGCCUCCCCCAAAACCUGGCAAUACGAAACACCCGCCACAAACCAAAACCUCGAACUCCAACACUACACAUCCUCGCCCUCAAACGCCCACAUCUCCAAAACAUCCACCCUACAAAUCACACCCCUCCACACAUCCGAAACAUGGACCUCCGCCCGCCUCAGCACCCACCAAACAUUCCACUGCGCCCCCAACACCCAACUGCACCUCCAAGCGCGCAUAAAACUCGGCAAUAAUCCCCCUACCCAUCAAAAAGGCAUUUGGCCCGCCUUCUGGACUCUAGGUUCUUCCUUCCGCGAAAAUGGUCUCUGGCCCCAGUGCGCUGAAUGGGAUAUCAUGGAACAGGUUAAUGGUGUUUCGACUAGUACUGGUACCAUACACUGGGGUAAUAGUAAUACAUCUUCACCGCAAGCGAUCGCUUCGCAGGGAAUAGCAUAUGAGCGUGCGCAGUGGCAUGAAUAUGCGCUUCGGAUUUCGCGGGUGGGAAAUUGGGAGGAACAGAGUAUUAGUUGGGUUUUGGAUGGGGAGUUUUAUUUUGUGGUUACUGGGGAAAUGGUCGGGGAUUGGGCGGCUUGGAAUAGUUUGGUCGCGGAGAGUUAUUAUGUCCUGUUGAAUGUGGCGGUGGGGGGGGAUUGGCCUGGUGAGCCGGAUGAUUGGACGCUGGGGGGGACGGGGAGUGGGAUGGAGGUGGCGUAUGUGGCGGUUUAUGAGGGGCUGGUGGGUGAGGGUGGAGGGGUGGAGGGUGGAGAGGGGAAGAUCUUUUUUCUUGAGUUUUUGUAA